AUGGUCCAAGUCAAGCAAUACCAGUUACCGCCGACGGCGUUGAUGCCGAACUCGCCUCGCCCGCUUCUGCACUAUACCGGGGUGCCUCUGCCUCAACCUCUGACAGCGAGCGCCGUCUACGACCUGUUUGAGCGCCACGGCUGGAACGUGCAGUGGAUCUACCGCUACGGCGCGACACAGCGAUCGCACUACCACUCCAGUGUGCACGAAUGCAUGGCCGUGCUGUCGGGCACGGCAACCAUCCGCUUCGGCGUGGGUGACACCUCCACGGACUUGAUUGAGAGCACGACCGGGUCGGCCAGGGAGCCAGGCGGUGUCGAGAUCGAGGCUCGCGCCGGUGACGUGUUCCUACUGCCCGCGGGUACUGCGCACAAGACGUACAAUGCAAAACCUGACGCCGAGUUUACCCUGCUCACUCCAGGUGACGGGCAUCAUAUUGCCGCGCACGAUCCGAGAGCGGCGCUCGACGACGUCCAGCUCUCCGGUUUCACCAUGAUCGGCGCUUACCCCGCCAACAACGGCUACUGGGAUUCCAUGAAGGGUGGCGAGAACGCUGGCCAGUACGACAAGAUCUGGUCGGUCGAGAAGCCGGAGAAUGACCCUGUCUUGGGUAAGUCAGAGCAGGGGUUGUGCGGACUGUGGUGA